GUGGUGUGGUAUAUGGCCAAUAAACCACAGCUAAGGGCUGUGUCCAAGCUCUCCACGUUGCUUCGUGCUUAAGAACAGCCUUUAGCAGUGGUAUGUUGGCCAUAUAACCACACCUCCUCAGGACUUGCUUAAAUAAGAGCUUUAUAUUGUGCUCCAAAUCCUCAUCAUACUACAAGGCUGCAGUGAGUCUGCAGUCUACGUUACAUGCCAUUUUUACCAAUGUAACAGACCACUGUAAAUAACAUACUGUCUGUCUCAUUCAAUAUUUGGGAAAGGUAGGCAAGUUCACAUUGCUUAGUAAAAGUAUAUGAAUAGACAUGACAAAAUUCUAACUCUUAGUCACAAUUCACACCUAUCAAGCAUAUGACUCACCAUAACAAGAGAGUAGCUCACCUUCUGUGCAAGGGGGAAGUCCCAGAAAAGACUUUGCGGUUGUACCCAAAUCAGCCCCCAACUCAAAUACAUGUAGCCCAACGUCACUGCAUGAGAGGCACAUUUCAAACAAAGGUCCAUACAUGUCUUUCAUCUCCCUGUGGUGAGUCAGAGUGUGAGUUGACACCCGAACUGAGCCAUGGGAUUAGGCUGUUCUGAGGGUUACUUCUGGGACCGCCUGGUCAGGAAGUGUCUGACCUGUCAGAUGGUCUGCCAGCAGCCCCAUCGCCACCUCAGAUGCAUCGAGUACUGUGUGUCUCUGGGGUGUAAGGCGGUCCCAGGGCAGUACUAUGACAGGCUGUUGAAGAUGUGUCUGAGGUGUGCUGCGGUGUGUGGCAGCCAUCCCUCAGAGUGUUCCCACCAGUGUCAGACCCAACAGUCUGCCUUGAAUGGAAUCUUGAGGCCUGUGGAUGGGAAUGCCUUCCAGAACCAUACCAUCAGGGGGGCCUACCUACCCAGAGGCCUGCCCUAUUCAACCACCCUGGUGUACUCUCUGCUGGGCCUGUGUCUGACUCUACUGCUGUUGACCCUGUCUGUGGCUCUGCUGGUGCUGCUGAGGAGGCCCCCCCGACCAGGGGCCACACAGAACAGUCACACCCAGGGUCAUGAAGGUCAGAAGGGCCAAGAGCCUAACCAGAACAGCCAGUCCUCCAAAGAUUGCCCGAUGGAUCCAUCCCUGCUCCAGAUAAACAGUGUGACACUGAGCCAUUCGUCCAGACCCACAGAGACUUGUGUGUGUGUCCACUGCUUCCCUGACCUCGGAGUGCCUGGCAGGGGAGAGAAGCAGCAGAGACCCCCACUCACCCUCUACCAGCAGGCUGUCCCCCAGGACCUCCACUCUCCGACCAGAGCCCCUCAGUGUGGAUCAUCACAGAGAAUAAUUUGCUCCCCCAGUCAGCCCAGCUUCUGAUUGCAGAACUGAACCAGACUGGACACUAAAUAAAUAAACAACUCAGGACAGAUCUGAUACCGCCCACUCCAGGGUGAAGUUUCCCCUAAGUACAGAUCUAGGAUCAACUUCUCCUCCCCAAUCCUAACCUGAACAAUUAGUGGGGAUACAGGAGAAACUGGAGUGAGACAGAAGCGAGUGACAUAGAACAUUAUAUACAGUGGGGAGAACAAGUAUUUGAUACACUGACGAUUUUGCAGGUUUUCCCUACUUACAAAGCAUGUAGAGGUCUAUAAUUUUUUU